AUGCCGCACAGUUCGCCUUCGCGACCUGGAACCGUCCCGUGUGCCGGUGGGGGGCUCCCCGAGGGGCUCUGCAGGGGCCUUGGGGCCGGGACCCCGGGAGUGCGGCCCGACCAAGGGCAGGGCCCCUCCGACACGGCCCUCGUCCCUCCGCCCGACCACCCGAGCACUUCCCGCCACCCGCGGCCGAGGCCCCGCGGGCUCCAAGCCCCGCCAAUCCCGGCCCGAGGCAGCGUCCGGCCCGCCAAUCCCGGCCCGCCUUUCUCGGCACCAUCCAAUCCCGGCCCGCCUUUCUCGGCGCCGUCCAAUCACGGCCCGCCUUUUCAAUCCGGCAGCGGUCCCGCAAGCUCUGCCCGCUCAGCCGCGGCGCGGCCCGUCCGCGCGGCACCGCCCCCCCGUUCCCCUCAGGCGCUGCUGGGACCACGGAAGGGCGGUGGGAGCUCCGCGGUCACGUCCCAUCCGGGAGCUCUCCCAGGAGAAGGGGAGGGAGGCGGGGAGCGGCCCGAGGAGCGGCCCCGGGAGCGGGGCUUGCGGGGAUAG